AUGGAGGUCGAAGGAAGGAGGGACGGUGACGAUGAAGUUCCCGUCGCGAGGAGGUUUCCGUCCGUCACUUUGAACAAGAAGAUAGGGUUUCGGCGCGCUUGGAACAAGAAGGACAAAUGGGUGGAGGUGCUGGGACACGCGGCCACUGGUGGGUUCGUGUCUCACUGCGGUUGGAACUCCAUUUUAGAGGGCUUGUGGCACGGAGUACCGAUCGUGACGUGGCCCAUAUAUGCGGAGGAGCAGCUGAACGCCUUCGUGAUGUUGAAGGAACUGGGCUUAGCGGACGAGUUGAGGCUGGACCACAAGGGGCGUGGCGUUGGUGGCAAUCUAGUGCAAGCGGAGGAGAUAGAGAGGGCCGUUGGACGCUUGAUGGGCGGCGGUGCCGCAUCGAUGAGGAAGAGGGUGAAGGAAAUGAGGGAGGCGGCGAGGAACGCCGUGAAGGAAGGUGGAUCUUCGUAUGAUUCUAUUGGAAAGUUGAUUCAAGACUUCAUCAAGAGCAUUGAAUAA